CAUCGUUCGCUACCCAAACGCUUCUUCAAUCUGAUUGGUCGACACAGCUGUCCGUCAUCUCGCUUCCUGCUUUGGCGAAAGUGAGGUAUUAUUGUGUUUUCGGAGCGAUAAAGUGUAGCACUUUAAACAGAGGUGAUGACUUUGUCGGUUCGGGGGUGUUCACAUCACAAUGUCUGGCGACGCGCAUCACAGUAGGAAGCCACGCCCCCAAAAAAUGUACAUGGUCGCGUCCGACUAUCGAGUGCAGGACCAGCUGGAAGGAACCAUUCGCCUGCAGCGGGGGCAGCUCUGUGUGGAGCAGGAGGGAGGAGGACACAGGGGUGGAAGAGGAUACCUGUGGGUGAAGGUGAUUGACAGCGGGUGUGUGGUGAAGGUGGAGCGUGAGGUGCUCAGUGAAGUGUCCCCUGAGCUCGCUGGUCUCCUGGAGCCGGUCCCGGAGCUGGAUGUGCGAGUGAAGCUGCUGUCUCGGCCCCAGGCCCUGUACCGGUUCCUCUCGCUGGCGCUGGGGUCCGAGCUCAGGGUCUCCUGGAGCCGCAGCCAAUCAGAGCUCGCCGAGGCCCAGCUGCGGUACCGCGGGCCCCUGACCCGAGGAAGCUCCGCCGUGUACUUCGGGGUCCAGCUCAAGGGAUGGGCUGCAGGUCGGGGUAAGUGUAACGGCAUCUACAAAGGCCGUCAGCUGUUCGUGUGUCCCGACGCCUGUGGGCUGUUCCUGCCGGUCAGUGAGAUCAGCCUCCCUCGAUCCUCUCGGUCCUCCAGCGACCCGCUGAGCAUCCAGUCCCGAUCCGCAGAGUGUGUGUCCCCGCUCGCCGUCGGCCAGAGAGUGUGUUUCCCGCAGGACGAGUGUGUGCAGCGCGGGACCGUGCAGUUCUGCGGACCCCUGUCCAGCCGGCCCGCCAGCGCCCUUUAUGUGGGAGUGUUACUGGAACAAGCAGUGGGAUCAUGGGAUGGAUAUUAUAAAAACACCAAACUGUGCUCCAUCCCGUCACCUGAGUUUGGGGCUUUACUUCCCCUUUCCAAAGUCACUGCAGAAACUCGAUCUGAACGGCCUCCUUUGACAGUAAUCAAUCCCAGACCGCUUCCCAAACUGCCUCUGUCGCCCCUCGGCAAUAAACCCGCUGUCCAGAUGACCACGCCCUCCUCUCCAGGGGCCACGCCCACAUCCCCGAUGGCCACGCCCACCUCUCAGACGGCCACGCCCACAGACAGACCCCUCAUCCAGGCGGCCAUGUUAGUGACGGCUAAAAAAGCCCUCCAGCCUCCGUCGUCCUCUGUGCCGAAAGCCGCUCUGAAACCUCCUCCGCUGGCCCCGCCCACCAGGCCUCAGGCCCCGCCCACCUCCCCGCCCGCUGAUCACUCGCGCUCGUCAAACGGAUUCCACAACCUCCCCUCUCCACCAAUCGCUGAGCAGAGGGCGGAGCUUGCCGCGUGGUUAGAGGUGGGAUCAAUGGUGGAAGUCAAUGACCCGCCCCUUUUCGGAGUGAUUCGCUGGAUUGGACAGAUCAGCGGCCUAUCAGAGCCAGUCGCUGGAAUCGAGCUGGAUCAGGAGCUGUCCGCCGCUACGGAUGGCAGUUACCUCAGCGAACGCCACUUCCGCUGUCCCGCUAAUAAAGGGCUGUUCGUCAAGCUGAGGAACUGCAGACGCGACUCCAGGUUCCCGGAGCCCGAGCCGCCCAUUAAUCAGGUCGAUCGCUGCAACUCCAUCGCGUUUGCUAACUGGAGCAGUGAGCGUGUGGAGGACAACACUCCUCCUGUGUCGGGUCUGGACGCCCGGAUGACGUACGAGGGCUUCAAGAAGGGCAUUCAGGGUCACCUGAACUCCUGCUACCUGGACGCAUCUCUCUUCAGUAUGUUCUCGUGCUGCAGCUCGUUUGAUUGGCUGUUGUUCUGGCCCACGGGUUCGGCCCACAGUAAGAGCGCUCAGGACCUGCUGCGCUGCGAGAUCGUCAAUCCUCUGCGCAGGUUUGGCUACGUGUGUGCCAGUAAAACUAUGGCUUUACGUAAACUACUGAAAGCAGAAACAGCUGAUUCAGGAUUUACCAACGAGGAGAAAGAUCCUGAGGAAUUCCUCAACCAGCUUUUCCUGCUUCUCCGGGUUGAACCACUUCUGAAGAUCAGGUCGGCGAGUCAGCAGCCGCAGGAGUGUUUCCUCUAUCAGCUGUUUCCUCCGUCGGUCUCGGCGUCUCCUGCGUCUCCUCUUCUCUCUCCCGUGUCUCCGCUCGCGUCUCCGGCGCUCCUGCGAGUGGCAAACGUUCAGGCCCUGCUGGAGUCCUCCUUCAUACACUCCGGACUCAAGCUCACAGAGGCUCCGUCCUGUUUGCCGCUCCUCAUGCCCAGAUUCGGGAAAGAGUUCAAGAUGUUUGACGCCAUCUUGCCCUCGCUGACCCUCGACGUCACGGACCUGCUGGACGAGGCUCUUCGGCAAUGCAGUAUCUGUCAGCUGGUGGCGCAGUGGGAGUGUCUGCAGUGUUAUGAGGAUGUCGACAUCACACCCGGCCAGUUAAAGCAGUAUUGCAGCACCUGCAACAUACAGGUUCACACACACAAGAAGCGUCAGACGCACCGGCCGGCUCAGAUCCGGGUGCCGCAGGGCUCCUGGGAGGAAGGGCCGGUUUACGGGACUCGGCAGGUCAUGGACCUGUGCGCCGUCACAUGCAUCGAGACCAGCCACUACGUGAGCUUCGUCAAGCACGGCCCUGAGCCCACAGACUGGCUCUUCUUCGACAGCAUGGCCGACAGAGAGGGUGGAGAGAAUGGUUUUAACGUGCCGCAGGUGCGAGCGUGUCCGGAGGUGGGCCGGUACCUGAGUCUCUCCUCAGAAGAGUUUGCUCGCCUCGACUCCUCCUCGCUCCGGGAUCCCGUGCGUCGUCUGCUCUGUGACGCCUACAUGUGUCUCUACCACUGUCCCCAACUCAGCCUCUACAAGUGAACCUUAAUCUCCACCACUGUCCCCAACUCAGCCUCUACAAGUGAACCUUAAUCUCUACCACUGUCCCCAACUCAGCCUCUGCAAG